UUCAUAUGGUGACAGACUUCACUGGAAGCUGCAACAAUUUUUAAUUAUACAGAACAAAGAUCCAUCCUUACUCCCAUGGCCAUGGCAUCUUCUCUGCAAGCAAUGAUCAGGCCAUAUGUCAUCACUCUGCUCUGCCUUCUGAUUAUGGUCAUGAUCAAGACCGCGAAAUCGGAGGACAGUCUGAUUGACAACGUAUGCAGCGGUGAUCAUGUUGAUUCAAUUUACUGCCAUCAACUAUAUUCCAACGAAACAGAUACAUUGGGUCCGAAGUCGAACCUCACCGGAUUAGCUGGGAUUGCCCUGCAUAACAUAAACUGGAAGGCAGCAUACAACAAGAGGACGUUCAUAGAUAAAGAUGCGUACCUUUCCUCGCUGUGCUCCGUGCCCUACGACCAUAUUGUGUCCAAAGUUGCGACGGCACGUAACAUGGGAUUCGACAAGUCGAUCGAGACAGGGGAUGUUAACAGACUCGAGGAAACUAUUACAACUGUUCUAUCAGAAGCACUGCGCUGUGAAUCAUUCUUUCUGUCACCAGAAGACGACGGUUACGAAAUCAACGAGGAGUUGAUCAAGCUUGCCUACAUUCUGCAGGAAAAUGAAGUGAGCUGUUAGUGUGGUUUGCAUCGUAUUACUCUUUGAUUGAAGUAAAAUUAUACACGAGCUUGUAGUAGUUAUGAUGUUAAUUGCUAUUGAAUUGGUUUUCUCAUUAAUAAAGACUUGAUGCUUCCUCUCUUUUGUUUUAAACUUUGCAAGAAUGCUCUGUAUAGGAACAAUCUUUGAAGUCAUGAUGUUCCAUACGUAUUAUAGCUCGUAGCGUACUUUAUCCAGCCACAAAGAUUUCCUGCAAAUAUGACCAGAAUACGAGAUACACAAGACGAUAACUGCAAAGAAUGAGAUCAUUGAAGACUUGUCUGGAUUAAAUAGUAAGGGACUACUGUGAAGGGUAAAGGGUACACUUGAUAUUCAGUUUUCCUUCUAAACUAACUACAGACUACAUGGGGUGAAAAUGAUAUUUCUCAGCAGCAACAAUGCAAAACUGGUUGCUAUGAGACCAGUGAAAUACAUUUUUGAAGAAAUUAUGAGAUUAAGC